GGAACACACGCACCGUCCCAAGUUAACCUCUCGUGCUCGGGCACUUUCUUUUUCCUUCCCCCCUGUGCGCUCGGCCGCCUCCGCCGCUGCCUCGCUCCCUCCGCGCCCACCACGGAGGCGCACGCGCGGGCGCAGCGUCCCUCGCGUGCCUCGCCUUCCGCACUGCUCUGUCCGCCCGCCUGGCUCCUGCCUCCUCCUCCUCCUCCUCCUCUAGGGUUAGGGCACGCGUCGCGGGGGCCCGUGGCGCCCGGCGCAAUGCGGAGGCCGUCGGGGGCCGGCGUGCCGAGCCGCCGCCGCCGCGCGAUCCAGGUGCUCGUGGCGGUCUCCCUCGCCUACGCGGUCGCCGUGCUGCUCCUCGAGUCGCCCCUCGUGUCCACGUCGCUGCCCGGGGCGGGGGCGUCCGCCGCGGCGUCGCGGAAGCUCCACCUCGACGGCGCGUGGGAGGGCGCGGGACGAGCAGCGCCGGCGCGCCCCGCGAAGCACCCGCACAGGGAGACCCUCUCGGCGGACGCGGGGCGGGGACGGGCGCGCCGGUUGGCGGGGAUCGUCUCUGGCCUCGAGCUCCGCCACCUCAACUCCACCCGCUCCGGCUCGCUCCGCAAGGUCGCCGCGGAGGCCGCCGAGUCAGGGGCCCGCGUGUUCUCCGACCUGGAGGCUCUAGCGACGGCCUUGACUUUCUCGGGCGAUUCGUCAGGGGAGGAGGAGGAGAAGAGCAAGUGCCCGCACUCGAUCGUCCUCAGCGGCGACGAGUUCCGGGAGAGGGGGCGGGCGGUGGAGCUGCCGUGCGGGCUCACGCUGGGUUCGUAUAUCACGGUCGCCGCGACGCCGCACGAGGCGCACCCUGAGCGGGAUCCUAAGAUCACGCUGCUCAGGGAGGGGGAAGAGCCGAUCAUGGUGUCGCAGUUCAUGAUGGAGCUGCAGGGGCUCAAGACGGUGGACGGCGAGGAUCCGCCCAGGAUUCUCCACUUCAACCCCCGCCUCCGCGGCGACUGGAGCGGCAAGCCGGUGAUCGAGCAGAACACCUGCUACCGCAUGCAGUGGGGCACUCCGCUCCGCUGCGAUGGCUGGAGGUCCCGUGCCGACGAGGAGACUGUGGAUGGGUUGGCCAAGUGUGAGAAGUGGAUUCGGGAUGAUGAAGGGCGGUCCGAGGAGUCGAAAACAUCAUGGUGGCUGAACCGGCUCAUUGGCCGUACGAAGACCGUCUCCGUUGAUUGGCCAUACCCAUUCGUGGAGAACCACCUGUUUGUUCUAACUCUCACUGCUGGAUUGGAAGGUUACCAUGUGAAUGUUGAUGGACGGCAUGUGACAUCAUUUCCAUACCGCACUGGAUUUGUUCUUGAGGAUGCUACUGGCUUAUCAUUGAAUGGGGACCUGGAUGUGCAAUCAGUGUUCGCGGGGACUCUGCCCACUACACAUCCUAGCUUUUCUCCACAGAAACAUCUAGAGUUGUUACCCAGUUGGCAGGCCCCUCCCCUUCCAGACGAACCAGUUGAGAUUUUCAUCGGUAUCCUGUCAGCAGGCAACCAUUUUGCUGAGCGUAUGGCUGCAAGAAAGACAUGGAUGUCUGCUGCUCAGAAGUCGUCGAAUGUUGUGGCCCGUUUUUUUGUUGCCCUGCAUGGCAGAAAUGAGGUUAAUGUGGAGCUGAAAAAAGAGGCUGAGUUUUUUGGUGACAUUGUUAUUGUCCCAUUCAUGGAUAGCUAUGAUUUGGUUGUUCUCAAGACAAUUGCCAUAUGCGAGUAUGGGGUCCAUGUUGUAUCUGCUAGAUACAUAAUGAAGUGUGAUGAUGAUACUUUUGUUAGACUUGAUUCAGUAAUGGCUGAAGUGAAGAAAAUCCAGAAUGGUGAAAGUCUCUAUAUAGGGAACAUGAAUUAUCACCACAAGCCAUUACGUGAUGGGAAAUGGGCUGUUACUUACGAGGAAUGGCCAGAAGAGGAUUAUCCCAUCUAUGCAAAUGGUCCUGGAUAUGUUAUAUCCUCUGAUAUUGCAGGUUCCAUUCUAUCGGAAUUUUUAAAGCAUAAAUUAAGGCUUUUCAAAAUGGAGGAUGUGAGCAUGGGCAUGUGGGUAGAGCGGUUCAACAACACCAGACUUGUUAAAUAUGUCCACAGCAUCAAAUUUUGUCAAUUUGGAUGCAUAGAUGAUUAUUACACUGCACACUACCAAUCACCAAGGCAGAUGUUGUGUUUGUGGGACAAACUGCAGGCUGGAAAAGCCCAAUGCUGCAAUAUGAGAUAGCAAGAAUGGAUGUGGUGGUACUGGUAAGCUUUUCUGUGGUGGUAGUGCCCAUCCUAAUUCACGAAGGAGUUGAGAACCUAAUAGCCCCAAGAUUAACUUCAAGAAUAUUGGCUGGAAAUAAAUUAAGCCCUUGAGAUGACUAACAAAUGGACAUUUAACGGAAUUCUUUUGGUAUAGCUGACCAGGUGGUGUUUGAGCUGGAAAUGGAAACAAGGGGAACAGACAGCAGCCUGUAACGCCUUUCCCUCUUCUUUUCUCAACGUAUAGACCGAGUUCUUUGAGCAGUAUGAGACCUGCUUGGGGACUUGAUUUGUAAAUGGAACGGUUAGAAAGCUUAGUUAAAUAACUGUUACUUUUUGGCACCAUUGGCUGUGGUUGCUGUCAGACAACCCAGCUGGUACACAUGAGCGAUCUUGGUGGACAAGAAUUUUGCUGUGUAACUUCUCUUAACAUGGUCAUAAUUUAUGAUUUGAUCAGUUGGUGGAUGUAUCA